CAUGUGUUUUGUUAAAUUUUAUUUUCUUGUUUUGGUUUGUGCAUUAAAUUGUCACUUUAAUCAUGGAUUAUUUGUCAAGCCGUUUAAACAUUUCGAUUUUGAAAGAAGUUGCAAGAAAUGAAUUACGAUCUUGUUUACAAAAAUUCAAUGGAACUAAGGCAAUCGUUUGGGAUGGAAAGAUACUUGGAAGCAUUGAGCUCGCUGCUGAUUUCACUUUUCUCAAACAAUGUGGGGUCAUUCAAAUGCUUCAUCUGAGACCAGAGAAAUUGCCGACCAUCCAAGCGGAUUGUUUGAUUUACUUUCUUCGUUCUAAAGCAUCUCUCAUGAAGAUUGUCGCUGACAAUUUGCAAGGAGAAACCCGACAAUCGUUGAAUAAGGACAUUCAUCUUCUAUUAAUGCCCUACAAGAGUUGGCAUUGUGAGAAAAAGCUUCAAGAUUAUGGAGUCUUGUCAAUGAUUACGAGUAUCAAUGAAUAUCCCAUUGAAAUACUCCCACUGGAUUCUGAUGUCAUUUCAAUGCAACUUGCUGAUUGUUGUAAAGAGCUUCUCAUUGACAAAGAUUAUUCCUGUUUACUUCAUGUAGCUCGAGCCAUCAUGACGCUUCAAUCAUUAUUUGGUAUCAUUGAAACAGUCAAUGGACAAGGUCCAUGGGCUCAAAGAGUCUUUGACUUGAUGACUAAAUUAGGCAAAGAAAUGUCUCUCAAAGAGUCACAAAUUGUUCCACAAAUACAUAAUCUUCUACUAAUUGAUCGAUCUGUUGAUUUUGUAUCACCCUUAAUGAGUCAGAUGACUUUCGAAGGUCUACUCGAUGAAAUAUUCGGGAUCAACAAUGGAAUCAUCAAGAUACCUUCGGACAAACUUAACAAGUCCAACGAAAGCAGCUCAAUUCGUAACAAUACUGCCGAUGGUGUGAAUGACCCACCGACUGAAGUCAAAUCAUUCCGCUUGAAUUCAACUGAUCUUAUUUACAGUAAAAUACGCGACAAAACCUUCUACGAUGUCGGACCGAUCAUCAGAGAUAAUGCAAAAAAGUUAUCGGUCUUGAUUGACGAGAGACAUGAAGCAAAAAGUGUCGAUGAAAUGAAACUGUUCAUGAAGAAAUUGCCGUCACUUCAAGCAGUCAGGAAUAGUCUUGGAAAUCAAACUUCCAUUGCUGAGAUUGUCAAAACCAUUGUGGACACCGAGGAGUUUAACCAAACAGUGGAAGUGGAACAAUUGUUUGUUAAUUGUGUUGACACGGACAAAGUUAAUACUUACAUUGAAGAUUGUAUUGCUCAGCAAGAAUCACUGGACAAGGUACUGCGACUGAUUUGCCUUCAAUCUCUCACAAAUAACGGCCUUAAAAGUAAAACUGUCGACCAUUAUUUCCGUGAGAUUCUUCAAACAUAUCGAUAUAAACAUCUUGUUACUUUGAACAAUUUAGAAAAGUCUGGUCUCAUCAAACAGAGAACGAGUAUUCUUGUGAAAAACUACAAUAUACUUAGAAAAACAUUUCGAUUAACUAAAGAGAAAAGUUCUGGUCCUGAUAAUGACAUCACUUAUGUCUACAGUGGUUAUGCUCCUCUUUCAGUUCGACUCGCAGAGUUCAUGAUCUACCCUGGUUGGAGAGCGAUUCCCGAAGCUCUCAAGUUGCUUCCAGAACCAACAUUUGAAACAACACAGGUCAUUCCAAACGGACUUCAGAAAGGCCUUAAUUCCGAUUCUUCUGCAUCCACACCAACACAAUCAGGCGAACCUAAAGUCGUUUUGGUUUUCUUCAUUGGUGGAGUUACUUUUGCCGAAAUAUCUGCUCUUCGUUUGUUAUCACAACGAGCCGAUUUAAACGUUGAAUUUCUUAUUGGAACCACGCAUAUAAUCAAUGGGAAGACUUUCAUCAAUUCACUUGGAGAAACUUUCGAUAAGAAGAAGCCAUUUUUAUGAAGUAUCAACAAUUUUGUUAAUUAAUUUAAAGCUGUUGUAUUUUUAUUUUAAGUAUUAUAUCAAAAUUAAUUAAAGUGCACCCACUGGGAUUCAUGUAUAAACAAC